CAUGUUAUGGGCGGGGUCAUGUCCCGCUGGGCGGUGCCCUCGCGCUGGACUUGUGCAUGUUGACCACGCCCCUUCUGCAUUUCGGAGAAGAUGGCGUCGCAAGUACAGAGAGGAGUGCCUCUAAGUGCGCUCUGUCCCAAGUUCCUCCACACAAACUCCACCAGCCACACCUGGCCCUUCAGCGCGAUCGCUGAAUUAAUAGAUAAUGCCUAUGAUCCAGAUGUCAAUGCCAAGCAGUUCUGGAUUGAUAAGACCCAGUUCAAAGGCCAAGACUGCCUCAUCUUCAUGGACAAUGGAAAUGGGCUGGACUAUGAAAAGAUGCACAAGAUGCUCAGCUUCGGUUACAGUGACAAGACAGUCAUAAACGGCCAGCACCCGAUUGGUCUCUACGGUAACGGUUUCAAGUCGGGGUCCAUGCGUCUGGGACGAGACGCCAUCGUGUUCUCCAAGUCUCUAGAUGGAGACACCAUGCAUGUAGGCAUGCUCUCACAGAGCUACCUGGCACAGAUUAAAGCAGAGCAGAUCAUCGUACCCAUUGUCUCCUUCCAACGCGUUGCACACAACCAGUUCCGUGUGAAUGAGAAGCACAAGGCCAGUCUGCAGGACAUCCUGUAUUACUCUCUCUUUAAGACGGAGAACGAGCUGCUCACAGAGCUCAAAGCCAUCAACUCCACCUGCUCCAUGGGCUCUUCAGGAACACGCAUCAUCAUCUGGAGCCUACGCAGGACAUUAACAGGACAGACAGAAUUUGAUUUCACAACAUCCAGUUACGACAUCAGAAUCCCGUUGGAUGUGUUGGAGAGCACCAGUGAGCAAUACAGGCGGUCGGAGCUGCUCACAAAACCAGAGAGUUACUACUCGCUACGUGCAUACUGCAGUAUUCUGUACCUGAAGCCGCGUAUGCAGAUCGUCAUUCGAGGGCAGAAAGUGAAGACUGAGCUCAUCUCCAAGAGCCUGGCAUACAUCGCUAAGGACUAUUACAAGCCCAACUUUGUGAACAGACGUAUUCCCAUCACGUUUGGGUACAACACCAAGAGCAAAGACCAAUACGGCAUCAUGAUGUACCACAAGAACCGCCUUAUAAAACCUUAUGAGCGAGUGGGCGUUCAACUCAAGGCCAACAUCCAAGGUCUCGGGGUCAUUGGGGUUAUCGAGUGUAACUUUCUGGAGCCCACCCACAACAAGCAAGAUUUUGACAAUACCGACAAAUACAGGAAAACCAUCAACAACUUAGGGGUUAAGCUGGAGGACUACUGGAAAGAGAUCCGCUUUAAAAGAGACAAAGAAGAUCCUAACAGCACCGUACCAGUGGAAGACACCAUGAAGCGCCCGGACCAGAACUGGGUGCAAUGUGACACCUGCCUGCGCUGGAGGAAGCUGCCAGAUGGGAUUGAUUGCAGACUGCUCCCAGAGAAGUGGUUCUGCCACAUGAAUCCCGACCCCCAAUUCAGGAGCUGCAUGGUAGAGGAAGAGCCUGAAGACUCCGAUGAUGACCAACCUUCAUACCAGAAAACCUACAAGCAACAUGAAAGGAACACCAAAAUGCAGCAGGAGUGGAAACGACAACAGUAUGAAGAUGAGCAGAAGAAGGCAGAGCGGAUGCGGAUUGCAGCGCUGGCUCGGCAGAACGAAGCUCUGAGGCGCCAACAGGAGGACCUGAAACUGCAGCUUAUAAAGACAUCGAGCUUCAGGACAGCUGUACAGAUGUCUCCAGCUUCUGCUCCCCCCACAGUCAGAGUUAAUGUGAAGGCACCACUGAGCACUAGGGCUACCACAGCAUCACCACUCAGUGCUAGGCCCAGAUCAUCUCCUCUCAGGAUCUCUCCCCUCACUCAAUCAGGGACCAGCCCUUCCUCCAACCACAUGCCCAUCAUCUCUAGCGUGUGCUCUCUUUCAACCCCUCCAGCCCCUUCAACACCUUCAAGAAUGAAGAGAACAUUGGCCAUGACCUCUGAAAGGGACACCAAAAGACCCAGGGUGAACGGUUUCCACCAAAACACCUCUAUGGGAUCCGCAUCAACGGCAGCAGAGACGAAUGUGUCAUCCCCAUCAGUCAUCAUCCCGAUUGACGAUGACGAUGAUGAGAUCACGGAUGACGAUGACAUUGUUAUCUUGGAGACCAACAGCACCCCUAUUCCAAAGAAGGCAACCUUUGACAUGGCCAAGGUCAAGUCAGAGAGUAGGGCUGUGGAAACACCUUCUGGCACUGGCAACGUUAGGACCAAUGGCAUAGGAACAAGCUCUGUGGAGACGGGAACCGCAGCGACCAACCUCUCCCCUCUACCACCUUCCUCAGAGCAGAUGAGCAUCACCACCCAGACAGACAUACGGGGUGAAGUGAAGGAUGAAGAGGAGGAGGAGCGAAAGAAAAAGGAGGAAGUGGAAAAGGAGAAGGAGAAGGAGAGAAUAGAGAACUGGACAAAAGUGAAGAACAAAGAAGAGGACAACAAGAAGAAGGAGGAAAGAGAUAGGAAGAGAACAGAACCAGGCCCAUCCUCUGCAGGCCCAUCCUCUGCAGGCCCCUCUACACCAGGCCCCUCCACACCAGGCCCCUCCACACCAGGCCCCUCCACACCAGGCCCCUCCACACCAGGCCCGUCCUCUGCAGGCCCGUCCUCUGCAGCCCCAUCCACACCAGGCCCAUCCACACCAGGCCCAUCCUCUGCUGGCCCAUCCUCUGCAGGCCCAUUCUCUGCUGGCCCAUCUGUCCCAGACCCAUCAGACCUUCCUCGGAUUGACUUCCGUAACCUGUCAGAAGCACAGGAGCAGCAAGAUCAGCUGCUGGAGCUCAUGCAGGCUGCAGCCCAUGAGAGGGACCAGUUCAAGGAACAGGUCCACAAGUUGACCUGCCAGCUCCAUGACCUGGAGGGCAGCAUGCAGGAGCAUUCCCAGGCCGCUGUGAAGAGAGAGCAAUGCCACCUGGCCUGUCAGACUGGAGCAGGGGAUGGAGAACGAGAGCAGGCAGAGGGGAGUAAGGUCAGUGACCAGCUGGCUGUACAGGUAGACACUCUGCUCCAGGACCUCAGCAAUGCCAACUGUGAACGUGACAUGCUACGCUCCCAGGUGGCGGCUAUGAAAGAGGAGAAGGGCAACCUCUUGUCCCAGUGUGAGACGCUGCAGCUGGACGUGGUGGAGCUGAGGAGGGAGAAACAAGAGUGGGAGAGAGAGAAAGAGGAGAGAGAGAAACAGGAGAGAGAAGCAGCUCAGGCUGCAGCUGCCCAGACAGAGAGGGGAGACGUAGCGGCCACUAGUGCUGCUAAUGGCUCCACCUCGGAGGCACCCCAGACGCUGAGGGAGCUUCGGAGGAGCAUUGGUCGUCUCCUGGUCACGUUUGUCCCAGCGUUGGACCUUGAACAAGUCAACUACGACUGUCCAGUCAUCGACGAGAUCCUCCAUCAGGUUCUUACUGAUGUGGAGACGUUGGGGCCUGCGUAAGGGCCUGGGGCGGGAUAUGGAUGGAGGGGUUGUCCUCCAUCUAACUCUGUGAGGAGAGGCAGACCUGGAGAUGGUCACAGAGACUUCCUGCCUCUCCUUUUACCUCAGCGUUUUUACACUUUUUAAAUGUAUUUUCUAUGGAUUUUUUACAAGUGAAAGAGGGAAUGAACUGAAAAGUAUUUAUUUGUAUUGCUGUACAAACUUUUAUAUUGUUCCAUGACCAUGGUGGUACUUAAUGAUGCAACAAACAGUAAGCUAUUUUGCACUGAAACUUUGGGGUUACUGAGUUCAACCUCUCCUUCUCACAAACACUUACUACUCCAAUGUGGAUGGAGGCUCUAGAAUCAUGUCAGUGUUCCGGGAAGAUGUUUUUCUCUUCGAUUACAGGUGACCACAGUGAACUUUCCUGGAAUGAUGUCAGGAACAGAGGAGUUUUCACUUGAUGAGUUAAGGGACAUAGUCUCCACCAUGAUCUGCUCUGUGGCUUGGUAGAAGGACUCCCGUCUCUCCCAAACCAGACAUAACCAUCAGUUCUACAUCGUUCCUAGAUCAAGACAGAUUAAGUUCAGUAUUCAAUGUUGCAUUCACUCUUAUGUGCUCAUGUUCAUUUAUAUGCUAAGAAAUAAUGAAGACUUUUUCACCCAAAUCUUGAGUUAACAUAUAUUUUUAUUUUGUGUUGUAUGUUUUAUAACUAGGAGUAUGAUAUCAUAACCUCUCCCCUCACUCUUGUCACACGUUUGUCUUAUCAGAGUACUAUCAAUCCCUCUCUGUUCUUUUGAGCUGAGACUGAUGUUUCUCUUGAAAUAACAGGGUUUUUGCACUCCAGAGGAUUUCAAACUUAUUCCUACCUCUGGGACGCUAACAAAAUUGUCAAUUAUUAAUUAAAAGUUAAGGUCCGAAUGCGGGAGAUUGUAAUGCAAGAGAUGGGGGAUGAGUCCAGAGAGGUGCAGUGCAUUUAGACCCCUUGACUUUUUCCACAUUUUGUUACGUUACAGCCUUAUUCUAAAAUUGAUUAAAUAGUUUUUCCCCCCUUCAUCGAUCAUCACACAAUACCCCAUAAUGACAAGACAAAAACAGUUUGACAAUUUUGCUAAUUUAUAAAAAAUAAAACCUGAUAUGACAUUUACAUAAGUAUUCAGACCCUUUGCUCAGUACUUUGUUGAAGCACCUUUGGCAGUGAUUACAGCCUCGAGUCUUAGGUUUUUUACGUUACAAGCUUGGCAUACCUGUAUUUGCGGUGUUUCUCCUAUUCUUCUCUGCAGAUCCUCUCAAGCUCUGUCAGGUUGGAUGGGCAGUGUUGCUGCACAGCUAUUUUCAGGUCUCCAGAGAUGUUCGAUUGGGUUCAAGUCUGGGCUCUGGCUGGGCCACUCAAGGACAUUCAGACUUGUCCCAAAGCCACUCCUAUUUUGUUUUGGCUGUGUGCUUAGGAUGAUUGUCCUGUUGGAAGGUGAACCUUCACCCCAGUCUGAGGUCCUGAGUGCUCUGGAGCAGGUUUUCAUCUGUACUUUGCUCUGUUCAUCUUUCCCUUGAUCCUGUCUAGUCUCCCAGUCUCUGCCGCUGAAAAACAUCCCCACAUCAUCAUGCUGCCACGAACAUGCUUCACCGUAGGGAUGGUGCCAGGUUUCCUCCAGACAUGACGCUUACCAUUCAGGCCAUGGAGUUCAAUCUUGGUUUCAUCAGACCGAUACAGAUAAUCUUGUUUCUCAUGGACUUUAGGUGCCUUUUGGCAAACUCCAAGCGGGCUGUCAUGUGCCUUUUACUGAGGAGUGGCUUCCAUCUGGCCACUUUACCAUAAAGGCCUGAUUGGUGAAGUGCUGCAGAGAUGGUUGUCUUUCUGGAAGGUUCUCCCAUCUCAACAAAGUAACUCUAGAGCUCUGUCAGUGACCAUCGGGUUCUUGGUUUCAACUAGGACCUGAGCCCUAGGAUCAUGCCCCAGGACUACCUGACAUGAUGACUCCUUGCUGUCCCCAGUCCACCUGGCCGUGCUGCUGCUCCAGUUUCAACUGUUCUGCCUUAUUAUUAUUCGACCAUGCUGGUCAUUUAUGAACAUUUUAACAUCUUGGCCAUGUUCUGUUAUAAUCUCCACCCAGCACAGCCAGAAGAGUACUGGCCACCCCACAUAGCCUGGUUCCUCUCUAGGUUUCUUCCUAGGUUUAGGCCUUUCUAGGGAGUUUUUCCUAGCCACCAUGCUUCUACACCUGCAUUGCUUGCUGUUUGGGGUUUUAGGCUGGGUUUCUGUACAGCACUUUGAAAUAUCAGCUGAUGUACGAAAGGCUAUAUAAAUACAUUUGAUUUGAUUUUGAUGAUUUGGUCACCUUCCUGACCAAAGCCUUUCUCCCCCAAUUGCUCAGUUUGGCCGGGCGGCCAGCUUGAGGAAGAGUCGUGGUGGAUCCUAACUUCUUCCAUUUAAGAAUGGAGGAGGCCACUGUGUUCUUGGGGCCCUUCAAUGCUGCAGAAAUGUUUGGUACCCUUCCCCAGGUCUGUGCCUUGACACACUCCAUUCUCGUAGCUCUACGGACAAUUCCCUCGACCUCACAGCUUGGUUUUUUCUCUGACAGGCACUGUCAACUGUGGAACCUUAUAGACAGGUGUGUGCCUUUCCAAAUCAUGUCCAAUCAAAUGAAUUUACCCCCAGGUGGACUCCCAAGUUAUUGAAACAUCAAGGAUGAUCAAUGGAAACCGGAUGCCCCUGAGCUCAAUUUCAAGUCUCAUUGCAAAAGAGUCUGAAUACCUAUGUAAAUAAGCUAUUUUUAAUAAAUGAGCAAAAAUGUCAACCUGUUUUUGCUUUGUUGAUAUGGGGUAUUGUGUGUAGAUUGCUGCGGAAAAAUAUUUAUUUAAUCCAUUUUAGAAUAAGGCUGUAAUGUAAAGAGAAAUGUGGAAAUCGUCAAGUGGUCUGAAUAUUUUCUGAAAGCACUAUAUUUCAAAGCAGGAUCAAAUUGUUAGCCAGCUCAAACCACUCCAAACUUUGUAGUUCAUGAAGAAAGAUUGACUCAUUGAGGUCGUACAACUGACUCAAUAUCUUCAACGAUCCAUAUUUAACUGAACCUUUUUAUUACUUAACUGGAAAAUCAGCAGCUAUAUCUGGAAUGUUUAUCAAAGUUAACUGGUUAAUUUAUUGAUUUGUGAUUCAUCCCUCAAUUGGGAUUAGAGAGUGGGAAUGUGCUUUGUUUUCGCGACACGAGGGAAUUUUGGUUGUCCUUUUAGCAAUGCAACUGUCCCGGAUGUAUUAUUUCUUUUAAAAAUAUAUUUAUUUUUUUCACUGUUCUAAAACGAUGCGUUGACUUUUUUUUCAAUGUAUAGCCUCUACAAAAGAUACAUUACCAACAUUGCUUCUAAAAGUAUGCAAUGAAAAAACAGACCUUGAAAUCCCAAUAACAUUUAUUGACUAA